AUGAAUGUGUUAUUGAAUUUAGGAAAUAAACCAACUUUAACACCUAAUAAAAAUAAAACUCCAGGUGGUGUUGUAAGAGUUUAUUCUGAUAAGAAAGAAGAUGUUACUACAAAUAGUUAUAUUCCAUAUUGUUCAAUGGCUCAAGCUCAGCUAUCUUUCCAUGGUCAUAGAGAUUCUGUAAAAUUUUUUGUAUCAGUUCCAGGAAAUAACUCUGAUAGUAUUAAGCAGAAUAAUGACUAUGAAGAAGAAAUAAGAAAAGUUGCACAUACAUUAGUUAUAUCUGGUGGAGAAGGAUAUAUAGAUUUUCGAAUAGGUGAUGGUAAUAAUGAUGAAGACAUUGAAGGUAUGAUUUCAAAUGAUCUAGAAACUGAAAAAAAUAUUCAUAACAAAUUGUCAAAAGGAGAAAGAAGUCAUUUAAUUGUAUGGCAAGUUGAAUCAUUCCGUCAUGGGUGCAGCGUUUAUCUUAUGGAGGGCUUAUUAAACCUACUGAUGAAUGGCUAG